CUUGUUUGCAAAUUGCAACUAGCUAGCUAUAUAUAUAUAUAUAUAUACUAAAAGAGUUCCCUCCUCCCCCCAGUUUACUUUCAUGGCUACCCCACAAAGCGUACCCAGAUGGACACCAAGACCGAGCCCAAGCCCGCCGCGCCGUCCGGCAUUGACCGAGAAAGCCGCUUUCCAGAUGCACGGCAUAAGCCCUGAAUCGGGCGACGACUCUCCGAAGAGCGACGAGGGGUCCUUCCCCUUCGGCAGCUCCUUCGGGCCGCUGCCGCCGCUGUUGCACCGCCGAACUCCGCAUCAGGAGACCGAAGUCCCCGCGGAGGUCGCAAUACCGAUGGCGGAGAAUGGGAGCAGGAUGGGCGGCACUGCAGGCCGCGGCAGCGGCGGGAGGGAGUGCGGCGGUGUUCGCUUGACGUGGGAGGAUCUGUGGGUGUCGGCGUCCGACGGCAAAGGCGACCGCACGGCGAUUCUUUGUGGACUCAGCGGGUACGCCCAGCCGGGGGAGGUUCUCGCUAUCAUGGGGCCUUCCGGGUGUGGCAAAUCUACACUUCUUGAUACUUUGGCAGGAAGAUUAGGCGGGAACGUAAACCAAACAGGAGAGAUUCUGAUCAACGGUAGGCGACAGAAGUUGGCAUUUGGGACGUCGGCUUAUGUGACUCAAGAUGAUGUGCUAAUGACCACUCUCACCGUCCGUGAAGUCGUGUACUACUCGGCGCAGCUGCAGCUGCCGGACUCCAUGUCGUGGUCGGAGAAAAAAGCGCGCGCGGAGGAAACUAUACAAGAGAUGGGCCUGGAAGGAGCAAUGGACACAAGGAUAGGAGGGUGGGCCGCGAAGGGCAUCAGCGGCGGACAAAAGAGAAGAGUAAGCAUUUGCGCGGAGAUCCUAACCCGGCCCCAGCUCCUCUUCCUGGACGAGCCCACCAGUGGGCUCGACAGCGCCGCCUCGUACCACGUCAUGAGCCGCAUCGCGAGGCUCGCAAAAACGGAGGGCAUGACGGUCGUCACGGCCAUUCAUCAGCCUAGCAGUGAAGUCUUCGAACUCUUCCACGGCCUCUGCCUGCUUGCCUACGGCAGAACAGUUUUCUUCGGCGCGGCUUCGGAGACUAGUGAGUUUUUCGCUUCAAAUGGCUUCCCCUGUCCUCCGCUGAGAAAUCCUUCUGAUCACUUUCUAAGGACCAUCAACAAAGACUUCGAUAAGGACAUCGAAGACGGCCCUGAAGCUACGACAACGACCACAGCUGAAGCUAUCGAGAUUUUGGUUAAUUCUUAUAAAUCCUCCGUCAAUUCACAGAGAGUAGCACAGCGAAUAGCUGAGAUACGCGAAAUGGGAGGAUCAUCAGUAAAGAAGGGUAGUCAGGCCAGCUUUUUAACUCAGACGCUUGUUCUCACCAGAAGAUCCUUUGUGAACAUGUACAGAGACUUGGGCUACUAUUGGUUACGAUUUGCAAUUUAUAUCGCUCUCUGCCUCUGCGUUGGGACCAUCUUUUACAACGUAGGUUACUCGUACGGAUCGAUCCAAGCUAGGGGAUCUAUGCUUAUGUUCAUCGCAGCAUUCCUGACUUUCAUGGCAAUUGGAGGAUUCCCCUCUUUUGUGGAGGAUAUGAAGAUAUUCCAAAGAGAAAGAUUAAAUGGGCAUUACGGUGUCACCGCGUUCACAAUUGCAAACACACUCUCCGCCACUCCGUACUUGGCGCUUAUCUCCGUAGUACCAGGCGCCAUCGCCUACUAUCUCGUCCACCUGCAGAGAGGUGCGGAUCAUUUCGCCUACUUUGCUCUAGUGCUAUUCAUGUGCAUGAUGUUAGUCGAGGGUCUGAUGAUGAUCGUCGCAAGCAUUGUGCCGGAUUUCCUCAUGGGUAUCAUAACCGGGGCGGGGAUUCAAGGGGUAAUGAUGCUGAACGGCGGCUUCUUUCGCUUACCGGACGAUCUUCCCAAGCCUGUCUGGCGAUACCCGAUGUACUACAUUUCGUUCCAUAAAUAUGCUAACCAAGGCUUCUACAAGAACGAGUUCUUAGGAUUGAUCUUCCCCAAUGACCGAGCCGGAGCACCUCCCACGAUCACCGGUGACGAGAUUUUGCGGAGUAUUUGGGAAGUUGAGAUGAGCUACUCCAAGUGGAUUAAUCUGCUUAUUUUGUUUGGGAUGGUGAUACUCUAUAGGAUGCUGUUCUUGAUAAUUGUGAAAAUCACAGAGAAGGUUAAGCCUAUGAUGAAGGGUAUGCGGUUCAAGGCUCCGGAGAAAUCCGUGCAUACAAUGGAGCAACCAUCAACUGAACCUUAACCGUUAAGCAGUUUGAGAUUAAAAUGGAAUAAGUAUAAUUCUCUAUUCAUACUUCAUGAAAGAGAGUUUGUGUAUUUGAUAUUGAGUAGUGAUCCUUGUGUAUUACUUAUAUGACAUCGUAUGAAGGUUUAUGUUUAUACCUCUGUGUAUCCCUUUCGCGGCAUAGAGACUGGAAGGCUAAAAUAUUAGAUGAUGAGCUCGAAAAGCCAUACUGUUUUUUGAGGAA